UUACUAACAUCGAGAUAAGGAUCCGCCAAAAAGUGUAUUUUAAAAGCAAGUCUGAGUGCCAAGUGUUGUUUGUUGGAAUGUGAAGUAUUUUCAUUUUUUUAAAUAUUUGCUGCUUGUUUCAAACCACUACCUUUUAAAAUCAUUAAACAUAAAUAUAUUGUAAAAAUGACGGAAAGAGUUAUUUCUUUGAUAGACAUGGAUUGCUUUUACUGCCAAGUUGAAGCUCGUUUAAAUCCUUCAUUAGAUGGACGUCCUAUGGCUGUCAUUCAGUACAAUCAAUGGAAAGGAGGAGGGAUCAUUGCUGUCAAUUAUGAAGCGAGAGACAAAGGUGUAAUAAGGUCUAUGCGAGGAGAUGAUGCUAAGAAGCAUUGUCCAGAAAUCAUUUUAGUAUCUGUGCCUACUGUAAGAGAAAAAGCAGAUUUAACUAGGUAUAGAGAUGCUGGAAGAGAGGUUUUAGCCGUAUUGUGCAGAUUCAGCAAUUGUGUUCAAAGAGCUAGUGUUGAUGAAGCUUAUAUUGAUCUCACAAAAGCAGUUGAAGAAAGGAUGAAAUCUCUUUCUCAAUUCAGUCCAGAUAAAUGGAAAUCAACAUUUGUUGUAGGAUACUCUACAAAUUCCUCAAAUGAUGAAGGAGAAAGGAAGAAUGGAUUCAGAGCUUGGUUAGAAGAUUCAGAUUCACUUAAAAAUACUGCUUCACUUAAGCUUGCUGUUGGCGCUUUAAUAGUUGAAGAAAUUAGGGAAACUGUUUUAUCUGAAACUGGUUUUAAAUGCUCUGCUGGUAUUGCUCAUAAUAAAAUUUUGGCUAAAUUAGCAUGUGGACUUCAUAAACCAAAUCGUCAAACUAUUUUACCUCUAGAAUGUGUUUUGGAACUCUAUAAAACAUUACCAGUGAAGAAGAUAAAAAAUUUAGGUGGUAAGCUGGGUGAUAAUGUUGUUGAAAAACUUGGUUGUAAAACCAUGAGUGAUUUGCUGAAAUUCACUGAAAAAGAACUUCAAGCUAAAUAUGAUGAAAAAGCAGGAUCAUGGCUAUACAACAUAGCACGUGGUUUAGAUAAUGAGCCAGUCACAGCCCGCCUGCUAUCUAAAAGUAUUGGUUGUUGUAAAAAUUUUCCUGGUCGUGCUGCUUUAAAUAAAACUAAAGAUGUGCACCAUUGGAUAAAUAAAUUAGCUGAAGAACUAUCUGAAAGGUUGCUAGAAGAUGAAGUUAUGAAUAAACGAAGAGCUAAUUUGUUGACAGUGUCAAUGCACUUGGAAAUAAACAAGAAAGAUAAUGCUUCAUCUAAAUCAGUAGUUUUAUCAUCUUAUGAAGUUGACAAGAUAUUUAUUGUAGCUGAACAAGCUCUUAGAAAAGUUUGUAAAGUAGAUCCAUCUAUUGAUAACUGGUAUCCACCAAUAAAACAUUUAGGGCUUUCAGCUGGUAAAUUUUCUAACAGUUCAAACAAAAUUUUAAAAUUUUUUAAACUUUCUGAAAAUUCAAAUCUCAAUAGUACCAAGACAAAUUGCAACACAGACAAUGCAGCACCAAUUUCAGAAAAUGAAAAUAAGUCCUCUUUCUUUGAACGUAUGUUUCAGCGUGAUGUUUCAGAUUCUAACAAGAAAUUGAAUAUGGUUCCUGAUUUUUCAAAACAUGACUUAUAUGUUGACAGUGAAGAUUCUCAAAGUUCGAUGGUAAAGGCAGUCAAUGAAAACAGAGAAUCUCCUGAUGAAAGUCAAAAAGAUAAUAUCAAAAGAAAACUGUUUAAUUUAGAAAAUGAUGAUAAUGAACUAGAACACAUUGAUGGAAAAAAGACAGAAACUGAUUCAAAAAAAUAUUUUGUUAUUGAACAGUCAGCAGUUAAUUUGAAUGAAAAAAAUGUUGAGAAAAAGAACACGUUAACAAAUUUUCUAAAUCAACAAGUCAAGCAAGAAGAAGAAUGGAUUAAACCUGAAGAAUUAUUUCCAGAUAUCUCUCAAAUUGAUGAUGACUUACUAAGUGCUCUUCCUUUAUCUUAUAGAAAUAAAGUUAUGAAGUUGAAAGAAAGUUUUGAUAGGGAUUUGAACACAAAGGAACAUGGUGUAAUAAACAACAUAGCUGUUAGUAAUGGAGAAAAACUCAGUAGUGAAUCAUUAAGUGCAGGCAAUAGCUCAUUUAAAUGUGAAGAAUGUGGUGAGAUUGUUGAAGAUUAUGAAUUGCAUCAGGACAUGCAUGUUGCUAUAAAGUUGGAUAAAGAACUGAAUUCUAUCCCCCAAGUUGUGAACAGAACAAGUUCUUCUACGAUAAAUGACAAGGACAAAAAAAGGAAACUGAAAAGCUGUGGCAAGAAAAAAAACUCUGAUAACACAAAAAAAAUGAAGAGUAUAGAUAUGUUUUUUAAAAAAUAAUUGAAUUUUAGAAAUACUAUAAUAUGUUAAUAUUUGUUUAUAAAAAAGGAGUAUAUAAUUUAUAAGAAUUUCAUCAGUUUAUUGCAAAAAGUCACUUAAAUAAGUGCAAUGUGAUAAUUAUUCAAAGAAAAAAAUAUAGUAAGUACAUCAAAAUGACAGAAACUUUUUGAUAUAUCACAUAUAGUAUAGUACAUUUGCACAAUGCUCUAAUUUUACAAAGGAAACAUUCUUUUUAAUUCAAGGUUAUGUAAUGUUACUUCAUGACUUUUUGCAAUCAACCAACGAUUUACUUAUUAAAGUGUUUUUGUUAUGUAGAACUGGUUGUUAAAUAUUUUUAUGUACAAAAUAUAUAUUUUAAUGUAUAUAGAUUUUAUCAGAAACCCAAAAGAAAUUUUAAUUUUUAAAUGAUAUCUGUGUAAUAAUAUUAUUUAUUUGAAUUGAUGUUAUUAAAGUUUUAUUAUUAAUGAUUAUGUCAUCGAAAUUGUAUUUUGUUUGAAUAGGAUCGCUAUAUAUUUUAUUUUUGUUCAAGUUAAAUCUUAAAAAAAAAAAAAAACUACACCAUUUGUCAAUGGGUCAUUCUUAAAUUAUUUGACCAUUUAAUAUUUCUCGAUCUAGGAAUUCGGGUAUAAAAAAAUAUCAACUAUUUGAAGAAAAAUUGAUCUUCAAUAUUAGUAUAGAUAUCCUCGAUAAUAAACUUGAGCGUGAAUUGUCAGUUUUCUUAAUAUUAGUUUUCCUUUUCUUUUCAUUUUGAAAAUGGGAUUUUGCUCAGAGUGUUACUGCGUAAAGAAAAGACAUAGAGAAAAAUGAUUCUUGGUUGUCAUCUUUAAGCUUAAAAAAUCACUCUGAAAGUUAUAAAUUUCUGAAAUAGAUAAAUAUAAUCUAGAAUAAUACAACUUACUGCUUAAUAUGUAAGUUGAUUUCAAUCUUUUUAUCUUUUAUAGAAACUUUUCACAACAACAUUCAUAAAAUGUACAAUAGAUUUAUAAAAAGCAAACCUUGGUUAUGCAUUUUUUAUUAAAAUUAAAAUAGGUGUUUUCAAAAAUGAUUGAGCAGAUAGUUACUUAAUAUGUAUUUCUAAAGAAAAAAUAGCCUCCAACAACAUAAUUUACUUCCAUAGAAUAAAGUUACAAAUAAUUCAUCCAGUUGAAAUAAACAAACUUUAUUAGCAUAUUAGAGAGACAUAUAAUGGCUAUAAAUGUAAUAAAGAUAAAAAUAAACUGUAAAUAUUUGAUGUCAAAAUAAAAAAAAUUAAGAAAGAAAAAAUGAAAAUUUUCUGUCAUUUCAUAAAAGCCUUUAAGGAAUGCAACUAAAUUCAUCCUUCUGUUAUUUAAAUGCUUAUAGUAAAGAAACUGGUAUGAUCAAUUGGUGGUAGGAACAAUUAAAAUAUUAAAUUUAUUAGAAUAAUAGUUACAUUUGUUAGGUUUUCAUACGACAUUGCUGUUACUAAUAUAACACAAUUUUGGACAGGUAUGAAACCUUAAGCCUAAAUAAAUACGCCAUAACUACUAAUUUUGCAUUUAUCAUCCAUAAUGUCCAAAAUUUUAAAAAUUAAUGGAUGCGGAUUGAUCCAUAUCAAAGCAUGAAGAAAUUCGCAUCCUCACCUUAGGGACAUAACAUUCAUUUCAUUUUUUUAUAUUCACAUUGAGAUAUAGUUGAGGUACAUUUGUUUUAUGUGACCAUUCCAUACCUUAAAAACAAUACAAAGAAUUGAUACCAUUGUUUUUUUAAUAUGAAAUAAUGUGUGAGAAGAAAUGUAAAGUGCGGGGACAUCGAAUGGUCAAAUGAUAUAAUGAUGACCCAUAUAACAAAAUCAAUUUGCUCCCAAAGAAAUUAAUAAAACCAUGCAGUUUAGAAACAGUUAUUUCCAUGUUAAUCACUCAUAUUUACAUUUAUUAUAUGUAUAUAUUAUACUCAUAUAUUAUAGUAUAUAUAUGUGUGUGUAGAUAGUAUAUAUUAUAUACUGAUAUAUUUUGAGAUUUCUUUUAAUGACUGUCCUUACCAGUAAUAUAACAGCAUCUUUUGUGGCUAUGAAAAAAGUUAUUUUAGUGUACAGACAAUUUUUUUCAUUACUAUUUUAGAAGUUUAUAACCAGUUUCUUUUACAAGAAUUGAUAUCAACAUAAUUGUUUUAUUUAUUUUAAUAUGUAAUAUUAUUGCCUUAUUAAAAAAUGUGAUAUUU